CUAUCGCGACGCUGGAGCCCCAAAGCGUGCGCGCGUUAUAACGCGUGCUCCGCUGCCAAUUAUUGACAUUUUGACGCCGAAUAUGAUGCAUAUUGUAAUGCCGAUGAGCGUGGUCUCCUGAUUGGAUGAGGAGGACCAGCAUGUGUGUGUGUUAUUGGUUCGCAUGAAGUUCAGCGCAGAAGCAGGAAGAGAAACAGCAGCAUUAGACGAGCAAACAGCCGCGAGACCGCGACGCUUCACCGCGCGUUGAACUGCUCUCCUCAGGAAGCAUGUGAUGACCCAUGCUCGGAAAAACACUUCCAUCGGCCAGUAUCGCAGCGAGGGGCGGGGCCACGUAGAGGGCUGGUCACAUGGUGAAACAGUGGGCGGAGCCUGGCCUGCGCAAUCACUGCGAGAAGGCAAGGCCAAGAAAGACAUGGCAAAGAAAGCCAAGCAGAGUCAAUGUUUGGCAAAGCGUUCAAUGAAAAUGGAUGAAAGGAAGACUAAGAAAGGAAAGUCCGAUGCUACGAGCGAGCGCCAUCGGAAGCUCUACCCGUUACGAGGAAGAAGCGAGGCCUUGAGUUGUCACGUUCUGCUCACUCGCCUAGAUAACGAGACCAAGACGAGUGAAGUGGAUCCCAACAAAAAGACACCAAAACCCCACAAGAAAGCAAAGAAAACCAGGGAGAAACGCCCCGAAUCCUUCGAUAAACCUUCAGCUCAGGAGCCACGCAAGCGUAGACUAGCCUCGCUCAACGCCGAGGCGCUCAACAGCCUUCUGCUCGAGAAACCCGACGGGUUGCCAAGUGCCAAACUCUCCAAGAAACACGCUGAUGGAUCAGAGCAAACCUGCUCCAAAAGAGCCAGAAAGUCCGAGACGUGCCAAAACCCCAAGACGGAUGGAGACGGGGCGAGCUUGUACGCUCCCGCUCCGCGCCGCUUAGCUGGACUCAACGCCGCCGCGCUGCUGAAGCUCACCAGCUCAACCGCAAACAAGCACAGGAUCAAAUCUGAGAGCAAGACGGUCAAACCCAAAGCCCAGCAGAAGUCCAAGAAACACAACUGGACGCAGCCGGAACCGGAAGGAGCCUGCGAAGUGUGCAAAAGCAGGAGCUUGGAGUCCAAACGGACUCCGGAGAGCCACCGCUUGAGUAAACCCGGAUACCAGAGCAUGCUGGGAUACCGUCUGGUGAAGGAGGAGCCGGUGGAAGCGGAGCUGGGUCCGUGUUUCUGCUGUGCGCCGGAGUAUGUGGCGCUCUUCCUCGGCGAGGAGCACCGGGUCAAGCACGAGUGCCUGGUUCUGUGCGCUGACCCCUGCUGCUCCAGCUACUACGUCCACAUCGCUCGCCCCGGGCCGGCCGGUCUGAGCCGGAUCCCACACCCGGCCUUCUGCGGCGCGGUCGGCUCGCCCUGCUGCCACGAGGCCUGUCGGGUCGGAGGAUUCGCCUUCAGCGCCGGCCGGACCUGCUCCUUCUCCAGCUGCAGCCGGCCCAUUAAAACAGAAGACGAGCACAGUCGCACGCUCCUCGUUCCCCCGGCCCUGCCGCUCUCCGGAUGUCCCAGCAUGCCCCGAGUGACCCCGGCCUCUCCGGUCGUCCCGCAUCUUCUGUCUGACCGCAGGCAGGCAGAGGUCAGGCUGAAGAUGGGCAAAGAAUGCCCUCAAAACACCAAGCCAUCCAACGGCUCGCUCACUAUGGGCCACAGCAGAUCAUCCCAGAAACAACCCGCAGCAAGUGCCAAACAUCAGAAGAAGAAGAGCCGGAGACAGGCCACGAACGGAUGGCGUCCAGUCGGCGUCCCCACCGAGAAGGAGGUGUUUAUAGCGGGCGAUGACGAGACGGUUCUUCGUCAGUGUUAUGAAGGAGUGGAGCGGGACGGAGAGGUGAUCCGGGUGCGAGACACGGUGCUCUUACGGUCCGGACCCCGCAAGAAAUCCCUGCCGUACGUGGCUAAGAUCUCCGCUCUGUGGGAAGACCCCAGAACAGGAGAGCUGAUGAUGAGUUUGUUCUGGUACUAUCGUCCGGAGCACACGCAGGGCGGCAGAGAUCCCAGCAUGCACUGCGAGAACGAGAUCUUCGCCUCGCGUCAUCAGGAUGAGAACAGCGUGGCCUGCAUCGAGGACCGGUGCUAUGUCCUGCCGCUAGCACAGUACUGUAGAUUUUGUGCCUUGGUGAAGCGGCGCUCGGAGGGCGUGUCCGACCACGCCCCGCUGAUGCCCCGCCCCUCCGACAGCGCUGGCCCCGCCCACCGCGUGGUUCCUGACGGCGUGGAUCCGCGGCUGGUGUAUCUGUGUCGACACGUCUACGACUUCCGCUUCGGACGCAUCCUCAAGAACCCGCAGUGAAGCUGCGUCUGUGGAUCUGCCUUCAGCUCAUCGGCUCGCUGAAGGUUUGCCGGCUGCGUUCGAUUCUCUGUCACGUACACUGGACUGUCACACUGCUGAGGGAUGAUGGGAGAAUCUCUGAAGGAUCCAGAAUGCUUUCAUAAAAUAUCUCCACUGGUUUAAUGCAGACCAAGACUAGACCACAGAUCCAGACCAGGAGGUCCAGAUCAAAGGUCCGUUCACACUAAUGACGAAAUAAUGAUAACUACAAUCGCUGUAAUUUUAUGAAAAUAUUGAGUUCCAACCACAGCUAUGAAACACAGAUAAACAACAUGUGACCCUGCAGCACAAAAGCAGCACAGGUAUAUUUGUAGCAAUAUCGGUCAAAAUUAUCCAUUUUUCUUUUAUGCCAAAAAUCAUUAGGAUAUUAAGAUCAUGUUCCAUGAAGAUAUUUAGUACGUUUCCUACCGUAAAUAUAUCAAAACUUCAUGUUUGAUUAGUAAUAUGCAUUGCUAAGAACUUCAUUUGAACAACUUUAAAGGUGAUUUUCUCAAUAUUUAGAUUUUUUUGCACCCUCAGAUUCCAGAUUUACAAAUAUUGUCCGAUCCUAACAAACCAUACAUCAAUGGAAAGAUGAUUUAUUCAAAUCUCGAUUUCAAAAAAUGGACUGUUUUUGUGCUCCAGGGUCACAUAUCGUCUAAAUGAUAAACAAUAAAAACAUUCAGAAUCAGAGUCCAUCAGGCUUUAAAGAGUUUGAGCAAAACUGCAGCACGCGCUUAUAACAAACAAAACAAUAACAUCCGCUGAUUGAACUUAUAAAUAUGAUUUUUUUGAAGUUAUAAAUAAGACCGAUUAUUGCAGUACGAGAAAAUACACUUUCAGUCUUUUUACUCCUAAAUGUCAUUUUAAUUCAAUGUGUCACUUGCUGUUUCUUUAUAAUUACUUGUAAAAUUUAUUAGUGAAAUUUGUUCACACCAGUUAAUUUUUUUUUUUCAGUGUAUAGUUAUCGUUACCGUUUUUGGUGUGAACGGCCUUAAGAGUUUCUUUCUGCUGUUAAGCACAAAAGAAGAUGCUUUGAAGAAUGUUGCAAGCAAACACUUGAUGGCAGCCAUUGACUUCCACAGUA